UUAAUCACGGGAAUUGUCAACUCUGCCAAUUUAUCUGCAGCAUUCUCUUCCACUAUGAGUAGAUCAGUUGUUUUGCACAUUUGUCUGGCUUUCUGUAGCCUUGUAGUCCUCAAUUUGGUCUCACCAUGUCUGGCCUUUCCCAAAAUGGGAAAGAGAGAGAGAGCACACACUCAUGCAGAAGAAGGACAGACUGUGAAGAUGAAUACAGAUGACCAAGAAAAUACUUCCAUUCCUCCAGAGCAUUCGCCCCAACUGAUGUCCUCCCCAAAUCCAAUGACAGCAUCAGCUGAGCCACCAUUGUUCCUCCUCAGUGAUACAGAAAUCAAUCCUCCAGGAGCCGGUCGCCUCCAGCCUCUCAGCCCUGCCCGUGAUCAUGCGUUUGGUUCCAGCCAGCCAGACUGGAUACCUCCUGAAAGCAGACUUUCCAAGACCAUGUUAACCACUGCCAUCACCACACCUGCUUCUCUGAGGAUGGAAGAGAAGGAGGAACCCACUAGCAGUGCCAGCACUCAGGCCAUUGCAGAAGGGACCACAGAAGCAACACAAGGCUUUCGGAAGUACAUGGACAAUCCAGUGUUUGCAACGAAAAGUCAGGAAGGAGUUAGCUGGGGGCAUUCAACUUCACCCUACAUAAACACUAAAGAAAUGCUAGCCACCAAUCCCAGGAUGGAGACUCUGGAAGCUGACCCAGACCAGAGGGCAACUUCUUUUCCUAGCACUCAGUCCAUAGUAGACACUGAGCCUGUUAGUGUCCUCCUUGAUAGGGAGAAGGCCACACAGAUGACAGCUGAUAAUACCCAGGCUACUGCCACCAAGAACUUACUGGCAACUGCUGAGAGCACCCUGGGUGUUGAUCCAGAAACUGACAGGCUGCUGGGAGCUCCUGGAGCUACAGUGAGUGUCAGCACAGCUGUUUUAGCUGCUUCUGUCCCAAGUGAUGAGUGGGAUGAAACCAAAGUAGAGAAUGUAAACCAGAUACGGGCCCCACAGCUUGGAGAAAAUACAGGGACUCAGAUGAGAAUAGAGCCGUCACAGCUGGAAGGAGUGAGCCAUGAUAGUAUGGAGGGGGGACAACCUUCCACAGAGGUUUCCCAGGAGGCGCCCGGUCUGCCUAAAGGGGAAACACUUGUGGGGGCAGCUCUGUCAACAGCGCCGGGGGCUGAGCGAUCACCUGCUGUCACCGAUCAAAGUUCCUUUACUCCCACAAAUCUGAUGGAAGAUACCGAAGUUUCUGUGGUGAGCCUGUUCCAGAGCACAGGAAGCUUCACGGACUCCCCCAAAGAAAAUGGUGCUGUGCUUUUUUCAGCAAGUACUGUUUCCAUCUCUGAGUAUGUGUCUGAGGCAUAUCAACCAUUGGGAAAUACAUUGAAAGACAUCAUCACUGAAGAGAUGACGACUGCUGUGGAAGACCCAGAAGCCACCUUACCAUUGGUGUCACAAGAACAGACGGCCAUCCUCGAGGUUACCGGGGACCGUGGUGAGAUUGAGGAAGGCAAGGGGUCCCUGUCACCUGCUCCUGAUGCUGCUUUUGCCACUCAGUGGUCCAGAGGAUGGGAGCUGCUGGCCACUACCGCUUCCACCACAGUUGUCCCUUUGUCUCACGAAGUCACCUCUUCUGCAGAAGAUCUAAUGGAUACCAUCACAGGGCCAAAUGAGUUUAUACCAGUUUUGAGCUCUCCAGUGACACCCACUGGAAUAAUGGAGGAGGUGCCCAGCAUUUCCCCAACGCUUCCUGUUUCUGAGCUACCAUUUGAGAGAACAGUUCCAUCUAUUAGCCAUGCUAAUACUGCUGCCUCCUAUGGCCUGGACCAGCUGGAAUCAGAAGAGGGAGAAGAAGAUGAGGAUGAAGAAGACGAAGAAGAUGAAGAUGAAGAGGAAGAUGAGGAAGAAGAUGAGGAAGAUAAAGAUGCAGACUCCUUAGAUGACAGCUUUGAUGGGGACACCGAAUUGCCAGGGUUCACUCCCCCUGGCAUCACAUCCCAGGAUCCUGGCCUAGAGCAGGGAAACCUAGACGCACUGGAGGCAGCCACCUACCAGGUGCCGGACGCCAUUGAAUGGGAACAACAGAAUCAAGGCCUGGUGAGAAGCUGGAUGGAAAAACUAAAGGACAAGGCUGGCUACAUGUCAGGGAUGCUUGUGCCCGUAGGAGUGGGUAUAGCUGGAGCCUUGUUCAUCCUGGGAGCGCUGUACAGCAUUAAGGUUAUGAAUCGCCGAAGGAGAAACGGCUUCAAAAGGCAUAAAAGAAAGCAGAGAGAAUUCAACAGCAUGCAAGACCGAGUUAUGCUCUUAGCCGACAGCUCUGAAGAUGAAUUUUGAAUUGGACUUCGGUGUCAUUCGGAUAGUCAAUGACAUUCUUAGUUUAUUUUGAUUUGAGGGGGCAGAAGAAAAAAAAAAGAACAAUUUCUUGCUCCGUCGCUGCUAUCAGGCUGUCAGUCCUACUAUGUGCUGGAUAGUAGAUUUUUUUUCUUCUUAUACUGAGCAGAAAAGGCAUGCUGCAAGCUAACUGUGAACACACAGUGUUUGGUUAUUCUGUAGUGAAUUUCCCAUCACCGUGGGCUACAAUUUAUAAACAGAACAUCUAUGUUAAGUAGGAGUAGUUGGGCUAGGUAGAGUAAAUACUUUGUAUUUUUCCAUUGUCCUUUCCUUGGUUUUGCCUUAUAUGUAUUAGGUCUACUGGCCAUUGCCUUUGAGGCAUGCUUGUCUUUGAAGUAGAAAUCUUAACAAAGAAUAACUACUUGUGAUCACAUGCUAUCUUCUUGGGAUUAUGGCUUGUGAGCUAUGGUUCAUUCUAUAUUUGCAUCCAAACUACCAUCAACUUAGCAUGGAAACUUACUUUGUUGAGCUCUCUCAACACAGAAGGAUUAUAAGCAGAUUUGUAUAUAUAUCUUGCAUUAAAUACUUUAGCUUCCUAGUUUUAUUAGUUUCACCUUCUAUUAAAUUCACGUUGCUGGCAAGGAA